AAAGAUAGGUUGAUAAGCAUGCAUUGAUUGAUUGACUGAUUAAUAUACAGAUUGAAAGACAGGUAGACAGAUUGAUUGAUAGACAAAGAGAAAAAAUUGAUUGAAGAAUAUACAGGUAGAAAGACAGAUUGACAGAUUGAUCGAUGAAUACACAAAUGAAAAGAUAGACAGACACAUAGAUAGAUAGAUAGAUAGUCAGAUAGAUGAUAAAUAAAUAGAUAGAUAGAUAAGUAGAUAAAUAUAUAGAUGGAUAAAUAGACUGACAAACGCACAGACAAGAUAUAUAUACAGUAUAUUUAGAUAAACAAACGGGUAGAAAAACCGACAGUUAGACUGUUAGAGUGACGGAGACAUUCUUACCGCCUCACUGCUCAGGAUGGUGGUGGUGGCGGAGGGAGUGGUGGACACGAGGGUGCCGGCGCCCCUGCCUAGCAUCCUGAGGGAGUACACCAAGGCCGCCAUCCGUACCCAGCCCCGGGACCUCCUGGCCUGGUCCUGCGCCUACUUUAAAGCCAUGACCCAAGGCAGCGUGCCCCCCGUGAAGGACCGCCUGGAAUUCCCCAUCCCGGAGACAGAGAGCGGCAUCUCACCUGGCGUGCUGCGAGUGCUCCACCGUCAGCUACGAAUCGGCGACAGCGUGCAGUGGGAGCAGCUGCGGGAGUGCUGCGAGGCCAUGGGGGUGGCUGAGGAGACGGCACAGGACGCCUGGCAGCGGGCAGGGGGCAGCGACGGAGCUUCCCUGGAGUGGGACCACAUUCUCUCUCACCUGGCUGCUCUCUCCUCCCACUCCAACAUGCAGGCUCUGCAGCUGCUGAUGGCAGCCCUCACCGACGACCCCGUCACCAAGAAGGUGGAUUGCUCCUCGCUGCUGGACCACUACCGGCGCCUCCACACCCACACCAACAUCACACCCACCGAGCAGUUCACCGAGGCAGUGACCUACCUGAAUGACCUGGCCAGCUUCCAGGGCGGCUACCUCACACCAAAGGAUCUCACCAGAUCAUCCUGCCCUACGUUGUAAUUCUCGUGUAUGGUGUUGGUGUCAAUUACAACAAGGAUUUCAUGAACCCAAACUAUUGUAAUUAAUGUAGGCCAAAUACUAAUCACCAGAUUCAACUUCAGUCUGCUGAGGCACCGGCACAACUUGUCUAGCAGGUGUUAAGUGAUAUAAUUAUGGUGGAGGGAAAGUUUAUGAACAGUGGUGGUACUUUGUUGUAUCCCGCGUAUUUAAAGAAAAGUAGCAACGAAUGUCUAUAUAUGUAUUUUCUUUAACAAGAGGCAGAAAUAAAGUUAACGUUAUAU